GUGCAUUUUAGCUGCCCUUAUUGUACAGCGCUGCUGAAUAUGUUGGCGCUUUGCAAGCAGCAAGGUUGCUGCUCAAUGUCCAUCCACCUGUAGUACCCCAAGGUGGCCGCUGGGGGCCGCUGCCCCACUCCUGUCUCUCUCACACCCGGAACUGCAGGCAGUGAGCGCUGUGUUGGCGGGGACGGGUUUCAUUGAUGCAUCAGAGCAGAAAAUAGGGGGGAAGAAACAUGGCGAGGGCAGCCAAGGUAAGCCAGCCUGCCCCCCAUAAUGCCAGGAGCUGGGGGGGGACACAUAGCUGGGGGAGGGGAGUCUGCAAAACCCAAAACCCCCAAAAAUCACACCCCAAGGAAUGGGGGAGGGAUUAUAAAGGGACACACCUAGUAAUAAUUAAUAAUAAUUAAUAAUACACUAAUUAUCAAUAGCCCUCAAUGGUUUCACCCUCAGCUCCUGCUCUGUCUGCUUCUGUCAAACUAAGUAAAUACUGUGGGUUUAGAUACAAUAAAUCCAGCUCUGGGGGAAUGUUUCUGCUAUUAGUAUUAUAUAGAAAUGGUAAUAACUUGGUUACAGGGACAUUAUGGGAGUCUUAUACAGAGUAUGUGCUUCUAUCUAGCAUAAUACAUACACCGCGCACUCACAGUAACUUAAUAUACAAACCGCAAGUACGUAGAGAUUAAUAAUAAUAAUAUGCACAUAGUAUCUCUUACACAAACCGCAAGUACGUAGAGAUUAAUAAUAAUAUGCACAUAGUAUCUCUUAUACAAACCGCAAGUACGUAGAGAUUAAUAAUAAUAUGCACAUAGUAUCUCUAAUACAAAGCACAAGUACGUAGAGAUUAAUAAUAAUAUGCACAUAGUAUCUCUAAUACAAAGCGCAAGUACGUAGAGAUUAAUAAUAAUAUGCACAUAGUAUCUCUAAUACAAAGCGCAAGUACGUAGAGAUUAAUAAUAAUAAUAUGCACAUAGUAUCUCUAAUACAAAGCGCAAGUACGUAGAGAUUAAUAAUAAUAUGCACAUAGUAUCUCUUACACAAACCGCAAGUACGUAGAGAUUAAUAAUAAUAUGCACAUAGUAUCUCUAAUACAAAGCACAAGUACGUAGAGAUUAAUAAUAAUAUGCACAUAGUAAUACCGCAAGUACGUAGAGAUUAAUAAUAAUAUGCACAUAGUAUCUCUAAUACAAACCGCAAGUACGUAGAGAUUAAUAAUAAUAUGCACGUAGUAUCUCUUAUACAAACCGCAAGUACGUAGAGAUUAAUAAUAAUAUGCACAUAGUAUCUCUAAUGCACAUAGUAUCUCUAAUACAAAGCGAACGUACGUAGAAAUUAAUAAUAAUAAUAUGCACAUAGUAUCUCUUAUACAAACCGCAAGUACGUAGAGAUUAAUAAUAAUAUGCACAUAGUAUCUCUAAUACAAAGCGCAAGUACGUAGAAAUUAAUAAUAAUAUGCACGUAGUAUCUCUAAUACAAACCGCAAGUACGUAGAGAUUAAUAAUAAUAUGCACGUAGUAUCUCUAAUACAAACCGCAAGUACGUAGAGAUUAAUAAUAAUAUGCACGUAGUAUCUCUUAUACAAACCGCAAGUACGUAGAGAUUAAUAAUAUGCACAUAGUAUCUCUAAUACAAACCGCAAGUACGUAGAGAUUUAUAAUAAUAUGCACAUAGUAUCUCUAAUACAAACCGCAAGUACGUAGAGAUUAAUAAUAAUAUGCACAUAGUAUCUCUUAUACAAACCGCAAGUACGUAGAGAUUAAUAAUAAUAUGCACGUAGUAUCUCUAAUACAAACCGCAAGUACAUAGAGAUUAAUAAUAAUAUGCACGUAGUAUCUCUUAUACAAACCGCAAGUACGUAGAGAUUAAUAAUAAUAUGCACAUAGUAUCUCUAAUACAAACCGCAAGUACGUAGAGAUUAAUAAUAAUAUGCACGUAGUAUCUCUAAUACAAACCGCAAGUACAUAGAGAUUAAUAAUAAUAUGCACGUAGUAUCUCUUAUACAAACCGCAAGUACGUAGAGAUUAAUAAUAAUAUGCACAUAGUAUCUCUAAUACAAAGCGAAAGUACGUAGAAAUUAAUAAUAAUAAUAUGCACAUAGUAUCUCUUAUACAAACCGCAAGUACGUAGAGAUUAAUAAUAAUAUGCACAUAGUAUCUCUAAUACAAAGCGCAAGUACGUAGAAAUUAAUAAUAAUAUGCACGUAGUAUCUCUAAUACAAAGCGCAAGUACGUAGAGAUUUAUAAUAAUAUGCACAUAGUAUCUCUAAUACAAACCGCAAGUACGUAGAGAUUAAUAAUAAUAUGCACAUAGUAUCUCUUAUACAAACCGCAAGUACGUAGAGAUUAAUAAUAAUAUGCACGUAGUAUCUCUUAUACAAACCGCAAGUACGUAGAGAUUAAUAAUAUGCACAUAGUAUCUCUAAUACAAACCGCAAGUACGUAGAGAUUUAUAAUAAUAUGCACAUAGUAUCUCUAAUACAAACCGCAAGUACGUAGAGAUUAAUAAUAAUAUGCACAUAGUAUCUCUUAUACAAACCGCAAGUACGUAGAGAUUAAUAAUAAUAUGCACGUAGUAUCUCUAAUACAAACCGCAAGUACAUAGAGAUUAAUAAUAAUAUGCACGUAGUAUCUCUUAUACAAACCGCAAGUACGUAGAGAUUAAUACUAAUAUGCACAUAGUAUCUCUUAUACAAACCGCAAGUACGUAGAGAUUAAUAAUAAUAUGCACGUAGUAUCUCUAAUACAAACCGCAAGUACAUAGAGAUUAAUAAUAAUAUGCACGUAGUAUCUCUUAUACAAACCGCAAGUACGUAGAGAUUAAUAAUAAUAUGCACAUAGUAUCUCUAAUACAAAGCGCAAGUACGAGAUUAAUAAUAAUAUGCACAUAGUAUCUCUAAUACAAACCGCAAGUACGUAGAGAUUAAUAAUAAUAUGCACAUAGUAUCUCUAAUACAAAGCGAAAGUACGUAGAGAUUAAUAAUAAUAUGCACAUAGUAUCUCUAAUACAAACCGCAAGUACGUAGAGAUUAAUAAUAAUAUGCACAUAGUAUCUCUAAUACAAACCGCAAGUACGUAGAGAUUAAUAAUAAUAUGCACAUAGUAUCUCUAAUACAAAGCGCAAGUACGUAGAGAUUAAUAAUAAUAUGCACAUAGUAUCUCUAAUACAAACCGCAAGUACGUAGAGAUUAAUAAUAAUAUGCACAUAGUAUCUCUUAUACAAACCGCAAGUACAUAGUUAAUAAUAUGUAUAGUAACUGGAUAGUAAUAUUAAUACACAUAGUAUGUUAUACAAACAGCAAGUACAGAUAGAUAUUAAUGAUACGUAUAAACUGGGUAGUAAUAUCAAUGCACAUAGUAUGUUAUACAUAUAACAAGUCUAGACCUGUCUCUGACUCCUCCCCGCCCCAAACAAACCUCCUAGAAUGGUUCUUGACAAAGAUCUCUUGUUAGGUUGAAACAUUGCUGUCCUUUCUGUUUCAAUACUCCCCUGAGUUGUCUAAUGUAAUAUUUUACAGAGUUUAUUUUUUAUUAUUAUUUUUAUUUGGUGCAUAGUAAGCUGAUUAGUGUAAUUACACUACUUCUAAGUCAUUUUAAAUUACUUUCGCAUGUAUACUUAAUCCAUGAUAACUGGAUAACAGGAGACACGCUUUACCAUAAAUUGCAACUAUUGGACCUGUUAAUGAUCUCUAUUGCGAGUAAUAAAGCCUAGCUCUUAUUAGCCUUCUAACUGUUUAAGCUAUACGUGCAUAAAAAAAAAAAAAACUACAAAAUGUGUAGUUUGCCAGAGAUUCAAAACUUAUUUUUUUUUAAAUCUGUUCAGCUUAUUUUUCUACCUACCUACACAACUAGUCUCAUGAGAGAUGCAUGCGCUUGAUCUCAAAUCCUCUUUGUUCUCUAUUAGAACUAGUUUGCUCUUAUGGAAACCCACAGGCAUAACCUAUUUUGAGAUACACGUCCAGAAACACAUUCUAGAGUUCACCUAUCACAAACAUUCCUCUCCCCUCCCCAGACAGCCUUUGCCCUUGGAAUAGAGCACACCACUUAAAAAAACAAAAAGAAGAUGGAUCUAAAAAUGUUGUCACAUUUCUUAGCAUGGAUCUUUAUUUUAAUAUUCACAUUUUGUUGGUGCUUCCCUUUUUUCUAACUAACCCAGGCUUUCUCUCCGACAGAGCGCUUGUGUGCUAUGUAUGGAUGUAGGGUUUGCAAUGAGCCAUUCCAACCGAGGGGAAGAGUCUCCUUUCGAGCAAGCCAAGAAGAUUAUGAUGUUGUUCUUGCAGAGACAGGUAGGAAAAUACAUACAUGAAAAAUAAGAGCCAGCAGCUCUGAGGACUGAGUUUUAUACUAUAUAUAUAUAUAUAUAUAUAUAUAUAUACACAGACUUAAAGGGAACCUAUCAGGCCCGUCAGUACUUUUGCUCUUUACAGAGCAAAUCAUUUCAUCUAUACAUUUAGCAAAUGUAGAGAUUGGGAGGGAAAAAAAAUAUAUUUAAAAAUAGGUAUCGCUCCCACCUGUCAAUCCUUUGUCCCACAAUCCAUCCUACAGCUCUCCAUAAAUACUAACCGCAGCGGCUGCGCUGUUGUUCCUAUGGUAACUAUCGCUGCUAGUGUUGACUAGGGAGUAUAGGAAUGGAGUGAACGAUGUCACCGUUACGCUGUCAUUGAAGCCAGCAUGUCGGCCUCAUAGAUGAAGGUUGCCCUGCUUGGGAUAGUGCCCACAAGCUAAUCAAAAUCUACCGCGGGAGGAGCAUAGUGUAAGCUAAGUCUGUGACCGGUUUCCUUAAAGUACAGAAAGUAUCUCCAUUGUUGAUGACCAUCCAGGUUUACUUUACUCUAAAUCUCUGUUCUCAUCCUUCUUAGGUACAGUAUGAAACAGUUAUAUGUUGUCCAGGUUACAUAAAUGUGUCUUUUCUGCUUAGGUUUUUGCAGAGAGUAAAGAUGAAACUGCAGUCGUCUUGUUUGGUACAGAUGGCACUGAUAAUGCCCUUGCCACCGAAGAUCAGUACCAGAACAUUACUGUGCAGAGGCAUUUGAUGCUUCCAGAUUUCGAACUCCUCGAAGACAUCCAAAGUGUAAUUCAGCCAGGUUCUGCCCAGGCAGACUGUAUCCUCCUUCUAGUGUUUGGCAUUUAGUGUAACAGUAUGGCAGAGAAAUGGCCAUCCUUUACUGAGGACAAAGAGGAUUCAAUAUAUUUUAUUUGUUUCUUUGUUCUUUAUAAUGCCCUCCCUAAAGUACGCUCUCAGCCAAGCAGUGCCUCCCCAUUUACAAAACUGGCUUAAAAAUAAAUGUCUUUUUCAAGCCAAGUUUUAUGAAUGGACAGCAACUGAUUGGUUGAGAGCCUCAGCUGACCACUCUUAACCAAACAGUGGCCCUGCUGCCUGAUUCUGCAAGAGCCUUCCAGUUUAAAGAGUUUGAGAAACCAGAAGGACAGUGAGGAAAGGUUAUUCGGCGCUGGAACACAGACUUAAACCAUUCGAAAACAGGACCUACUGGCACCAUAACAAAUUAAUUUUGAUGAAGUUGUUAUGGUGCCCAGAGUGUUCCAUUAACCACCCACACAUAUCCUCUAUCCCGUAGUUUGGACUAUAACAUAUUAAUUGUUUUUUGGUUUUAUCUGUAAGCUGUUUCAAGGCUUAAUUUCUUUCAAAUAAGUGGAUAUACAUUGAGACAUUAUAUGAUAAGCAUACCACUACAUACAUAUGUAUAAAGAACUUGUCAGAGUCCCUGUUCGGCAAACUUGCCGUGUAGUAUGAAUGGUUUAUUGAUAUGCAUCAAACGUGUCUAUUCCUUAACAAUCAAAGUCUUGGACGCACUAGUGGUGUGUAUGGACAUCCUUCAGAAAGAGACUUUGUAAGUACUAAAGAUGUAAAUGUUUUUAAUUUCAUGGACCAUUUUUUUCUUUUUCCUUUUGAGAAUUUUUACAAAUUGUUCACAGUCAUGGGACUUAUCACAAAUUUCUUUAAGCAUUUAUCACACCAGUAAAGCCCAGCAGCCUUUACUCAGAUAUGGUAAUGUCUCUAUUUCCCUAUUUGCCGCAUAAGAGUUAAAUUACAAUCGUAACAACAUCCAGUUUGUAAAAUGAUAAACACAGAGAUAGUUAAAAGGAAAACAAUAAACAAUAAAGUGUGGGUUAAAGAAAAUUUAUGGGGGAAAGGGUCCAGCGGUAAGUGAUUUUUUUUUCUCCUCCUUCAUUGUGACUAUUAGUUUCAUGAACUUGUCAUUGGUUUCAUAGGUGAGACAUAACCUGUCAGUUAGAGCAAGUUUAUCAAGUCUGAUGCUGUCUACACAGUUUCCACCGGUAAUAUGUGACUUGGAUUCUUAGAUUUUCAUACGAAUGUGUCCCACAGUGCCCGGUGCAAAGUGUUUUUUUAUUGAAAUUCAGUUUGGUUAUAUUUACAUGCCCAAUUAAGCCAAAUCUGGCUAUGUAACUCUUAUCUAGUUGAAAUAGCGGUGGCUUCCAUGCCCUCGCAGCUAAAUUACAUUCUGCUAUUAGAAUCUGGCAAAUCAAUUUUGCAGACACUUUGGUCAUGUUGAGCGGCAAAACAUAGAAAACAAACAUUUCUGGUGAGGGAUCAUAAGGACUCCCCAGUAAAGAGGUUAAUGGGACAAGUCCACCAAACAUGAUACAGUGUACCAACCUCCAAGUUACGUCUCCAACACUUAAUUGGGCAUGUAUGUAUCAUGUGUGCGAGCUACCACCUAUACAGUUUUUUACUCUGUAAACGCAAGAGAUCCUUGUGGCUAUCAUGUACUUUGAUCCAUUGCUCCGGCUUAAAAACUUGUGGACAUACCAUUUUAUAGUAAAAGAAAUAUAUGUGGGCAUGUGAUAGGCUUGUUUUGAGUCGCCCAAUCAACACAAGAGUUGACCGACCCCUCCUUAUAUGUCACCUGUUAUUAUAUUAAGCUCCUGCUUAUUCCUGACAUGUUCUUAUAUCUAGCCUUGGUUUGCACCCCACAUGUUAUAUCUACCCUUGCUUGAGCCAUGUGUGCUCUAAUAUCUAGACUGGACUUAAACCUAAUAUGUUAUAUAUAUAGCGCCUGUGUCUAACCUUGUGUGCCACUUUUACUCCUCACCAUUUCUAUAUUAGAACUUAUUUAGUGAACUGUGAAUUGAACUGAAAAACAAACUGCACAGUUUAGGCAAAUUAAGUCAGGAAAAGUUCUUCAACUUAAAAUCAUCGCUUGGCUUCUUUAGUCUGAAUGUUGGAAUUCUGUUAUCAGUUCAUUAGAAUUUUCUAUUAGUGAAUACAAACCCUGUCAAGUUGGUCGAGAGGUUGUUGUAAAUGUCAACAUUUGCACCACUUGUAAAACAAGGGUUUCUUGUAUUAUAACCAAAACAAUGAGCACAAAUUGCCAUGGCCCUCUACGUUUCCUUUCACUUGCAGUUUACAGUUAUCAGUAACUCCUUGUAGAAUUCUUUAUUUGUAAUGACCUGAUAUGUACUACAGUUCUGUAUAAUGAGCAGCUACAAUGAAGAGAUGACAAGUUGUUUGUGUGUCCCACGGCAUGUUAACAAAUAAGUAAUGUCAAUGACCUCUCAAGUAAAGGGUGUGGAGCAAGAUUGUAAUUCUACCAAUACUAUAAUAAAUUAGAUCCAGACAAUUUUAGUUGGUUUAUUAAAGCUCAGUAGUUUACGUUCUCCCCAGUACGGUCAUCCUACAGCAUGUUGCGCCCAUUGGAUGAAUCAUACAGAUAUUAAUAACCUAAAAGUUAAUCAUUUGUUGUAUAUUCAUCAAGGGGGAAGAAAUAUGAGAAGCUUCACAUUGCCGUCUUUACGGACCUCAGCAGUCCCUUCAGCCCGGACGAAGUGGAGAUUAUUGUGGCUAACCUCAAAAAAGCUGGGAUAACCCUUCAGUUUUUGUGAGUUUCAAUAAUCACUUUACUGGCACUAACAUGUGUACACCAGUGUAAAAGCUAUGCCCAUGUACCCGUACUCAAAUGGCACUUUAAUUCAAGCAAAUUUAAUUUCAAAAACAUGCUGGACAGCGGGAGCAGCAGUCAGUAGUGUUUGUAAAAGUAAGAUUUUCAGUAACACAGAAAGUUAGUAGAUUAGUACAGCGCUCUCAGCCUUGCUGCCCAGAGCUGUGUUUGCUGGUUAAAGUGCUUUCAGUAUGUCUACAUUAAAUCAAUUAACCCUUAUCUGUUUGAUAGUUAAAGUAUUCGCAUUACGUUGAUUGUAAUAAACAUUCUACAUCUCAGCAGCUGGUUCUCUCUCUCUUUCUUUGCAGCCUGCCCUUCCCUCUAGAUGUGGAAAAUGGUGACCGUGGUGAAGGGAGCAGAGGGGAUGCUGACAAUGCCCGUAGGCCACAAGGUCCUGGCAAAGGAUUGUCUGAUGAACAGAAAGAAGGCAUUGAGAUGGUGCAGAAGAUCAUGUCCUCUUUGGAAGGUGAAGAUGGGCUGGAUGAAGUGUAUACCUUCAGGUAAAAUCUUGUACACAAGUUGUUAAUCUUUUCUGGACCUGAUCUAUGGACGCAAUUGUGAUGAUGAAUCAAUGAACAUUAAUGGCUCAUCAAUUUUAACUUUUCUUAUUCAUCCUGUUUUUUCCCCUUGAUAUAGUGACAGCCUGGAACAACUGUCCAUCUUCAAGAAGAUUGAACGACGGCCGAUGGCUUGGCCUUGCCAGCUCACCAUAGGCUCUAAUCUUUCUAUACGAAUUGUGGGAUACAAAUCGGUACUUAGAAUUUGUAAUUCUACAAAUCUCUGUAUGGUUUUCUGAUAACCCAAGCUGUUCACGUUUAGUCUCAUUUGAAUUAAGGAAUCAUGACAAUGUGAUUUUCAAGCUGGCUUGCCAAGUGCUGUUUUUAUCAUUUUAAGAAUUGACAACUAAAUUGAUAGAUAGAUAACUGUAUGGAAUGAUUUGUAGUGAUAUUGUGAUAUUGUUUACUUAUAUCAUAUUGAUGCAGUCAGGGUUCCAUUCAGGAACAGCCACUGGCUCAAGAUGUUGCUGUCAUUUAUCCUUUUUUUUUCUGUUGAUUAGGCUUAGAAAGGGGGAAAUGCACGGGGGCGGGGGCAGAGCCAACUCUCGGCAUUAACAAUCGCAUACCUACUGCUCUCCGUCGACUGCAGCCCAAUAAGGCCCAACAUCAGCCGCAAGAAGCACCCUACCACUCUGCAGACAGCCUCUAACACUCCUCCGCCUGCGGGUCACGGCCGAUAUAGGAGACCGCAUGGCGCGGCGGGACCCAACAUGGCGGCUGACUUCGAGGAUUACUCUGGGAGCUCGGAUGACACAUCCCUCCACUGCCCUGAGACAUUGGGCUACAAGAGACCUUCCAAACCCAUACAACCGACGGCGGGUCCCCCAGUUACCACGGAGAUACUUACCUCUCUCCUGACCGACCUACGCCAGUCGCUCUCCACGGAGAUCUCCCAGGUAAGGGAGGAUGUUAAGGGGUUCACUGAUCGCCUCUCAGCAGUUGAGCAAACCACUCAGGCACAUGCAGCACAAAUGACAGAGCUACAGAAUCAGGUCAAAGACCUCUCUUCAGCUCACACUACACUCCCCCACCAACUAGCAGCUAUGGACAAAAGGAGGUGGAAGCAUAUCAAAAUUAGUGGCCUCUCAGAUGCUGUAUCCUCAGCUGAGAUUCCCCAUCUCCUAAGAAGGCUUUUUGCGGCCCUCCUGUCCCCUAAACAAGCUAGAGGGGUGCAGCUGGAUGGCAUGUUCCGACUGUCCAAGCCACCACAACUCGCAAGCUCCGACCACUCACAGCGGCAUUAACAGCCAAGGGAGUGAAGUACCGUUGGGGACCAUCACACGUACUCCUCAUCCAACACCAAGGCAAGGAAUAUAAAGCGACAGACAUCGCAGAGAUGGACACUGUCUUGGCAGCUAUGGGACUCCUAACCUCCUCGACCAUUACUGCUUGGGAUCCAGCCAAAAUUGUCCCAUUUGUUCCAGUAUCCAGGGGCUCACCUGGGAUGAAGACCACCUAAACCGGGACUUUCGCUUUGUUUUUAUGUUGCUUUAAUUUUUCAUGUUCUCCUUUCUAUCCAUACUAAUCUUUGAUGAAUGUUGAUUAACAGGCAUAGGCCUCUAUGGAUGUAUAACCCAGGGAUUCCUGCACACACAUAGCAGGAUUGCUACACGGCGGCCAUUUACCGCCGAACCGGGCAUAACCCGGACACGUUGGCUCCUUUCUCUACCUACUCCACCCCGACUACCUCAUAACGUGGUCACUAACAAGGAGCUUCUCAAAUACCUCACCAGGUUACACGUCAGUUUCCCCCGUUAACCUUCAUUACCUAUGACAGCCUAGGCUAUGUACAGCCCUCACCUUCCACAUUGCCUUAUAAUCACCCACAUGGCCUACAAAUGGAGUUUCCCUGUACCCCGCAACAAAGGCAUAUCGACCUACUCCCUUAGAGGGCAAGGUCCCAACUCAACCUCGACACAUGCGACACAUAAGCGCACACCAUGCCUUCACUUACAGGCUCACUCCAGAUCACAAGCACGUAUGCCAAAACUAACCCUACGACCAGAACGGAAACUACUCUUUUCACACAUUGCCUUUAACUCUAUGUUGUUAGACUCUGCGAAUUAUCUUUACCAUUUUAAAAAUUGUGCCAUUACUCGAAAUGCCAUGCUAUUGUUAUACUUUAUUGCAUGUUGUUAAUGCGUGCACAACAAAAAUAAAGAAUUUUUUUUAAAAAGAAAGGGGGAAAUGCAGAGCUGUAUUUACCACACGGCAAACAAGGCAUUUGCCUAGGGCAGCACUUUCAGGGGGGCAGCAAAAAACGCUGCCCCAAGGCAAAUGACUUGUUAGUUUUGUGUCCUGGGGGGCCCAAGAGCUGGGUGGCUGGCCACUUUAAGGUCCCUCCGAGAUGUUAAACUACUAAUAUCCUAGCCGGGUGGCGAGGGAGCGCUGUCCUCUCCUCUUCUUGCUCCUUCGCACACCCUUCUGUGAUUCCGGGAGCCUGAAUAUGACAUCACUCCAGCCCCAGCAUCACUAAGUGGUGCGCGAGUGAGCUGAGCUCUAUUGAGCGACCGCAGAGCCAGCCCAGCCAGCAAGGAGCCCGCCCAGCCAGCCCAGCAACAGUCAGGCACAGAAUCCACUCCAGUUCUCCCAAAGGUCGGGAGGCUGGGUGGUUUUAUAUGAAAAAAUAUAUAUUAAAUAAUAAAUGGUGAGUGUAUAAGAAAAUGUGUCUGUGUCUGUCAGUGUCUAUCAGUGAAUGUGUGUGAGUGUGUGUGUCUGUCAGAGUGUGUCAAAUCAGUGAGAAUGUGUGUGUAUGUCAGUGUAUGUGUCUAUGAAAGUGUGUGUCUGUCAGUGAAAGUGUGUGUUGGUUAAACAGUAUGUGUGCCAAUGACUGUGUAUUUGUCAGUGAGUGUAUGUCAGUGCAUGUAUCAAUAAGGGGCUGGGGUGAGGGGAUCUGUCAGUCAAAAAAGUGGCUUGACAUGCAUUGGUGGGGCAAAUUUAGAUCAAGGGGGUGCCCGAAUUUAGUUGUGCCUAGGGCAGCACAAAUCCAAAACGGUAUAGCAGAUGUUUAUAUUUACUGUUAAAGCUCUUUUGGUCAGUGCUUGCUUAUAUAAAUCAUGUUCCAUGUCAAUGAUGAAACCUUCAUCUCCAAUAAAUAUUUGUUUUAUUCUAAUCUCUGAUGGACUUGAUCUCGAGGAGAUCUAGUUAAUCUAAGUUUUUUUUUAUUCUCUAUAUUAAAAUACUCGUGGAGUCCUUAAAAUGCUGCACCCCUCUGUCUUCCUUGCGAUAUGCAUUAUUGCUGUGUUUUAUAAAGUCUGUGUUAAUCCAUAACAAGGGUGCAUGGCUAGCUGAAACUAUACAUAAUUUUCAUUCAUAAUGCUUCUGUUAUUUGUAGAUCACAGAGGAGAAGGUAAAAAAGUCCUGGGCUGUCGUUGAUGCCAAAACUCUGAAUAAAGAGGAUGUUCAGAAGGAAACGGUGUUCUGUCUGGAUAAUGACGAGGAGACCGAAAUCCAGAAAGAUGACACCAUUCAAGGUAUUUUGUCUUUGUCUCGUCUUAGGGCAGCGGGCAGCCAUUUUGUAUCUUUCCAAAUAGUGCUUUGGAUUGACAUCAGGUGAUUUUAUGUAAAUACAAAUAAUAAUAAUAUUGGAAAUGUAAUCAGGAGACCUGCCGAGUGGUUCAGGGAGUGGGGUUCCUAAAGACAUUGUUCAUUUAUGACAAGUUAAGGUAUACAAAGAGCAGAUUGAUAAAACACUAUUUUCCUAUGAACAAUAAAGUAUUUCUGGCUCUUUAUAAAAUUAAUAAGAGGUUUAUUCAUUUUAACUGCAAAUUAUUGGAAAUUCAUAGUAAUAUUUUCCAUUUUACACCAAAAUAACCAAAGUGGGAAAAUGUGCUGUUUUUUUCUAUUUUAGCUAUUUUGGCCUCAAAUUGAAAAUGUACUUUGCAGUCGUAAAAAUUCAACUUGAAUGACGAACCUUGUAAAUUAGUUUUUAGAAAUCUGAACAUUUUCUAUGGAUCUCGGUUGACUCACGCUUUUUUUUCCUGCUUUCUCUCUGGUUAUUUAAUUGUGUGGGCAACAGACUAAGUUUUAUUUUAAUGGCAACAGGUUGUAAUUUUAUUUUAUUGGGAGCAAUCCUACUUUAUUUUCCUUAGAGCUGAUUAUGUUUUAUUUACAGCAGAAUCCGUUUUUACUUUUAUUGGUGGUAUUUUCAGUAUCCCUAGAUGUUUCACAUAUACCAUACACCAGUCUUGAGCAGACACUUGCUCUUAUUAUCUGCAGUUAGGGGAUUUAGAUGUUGUCUAUUGUAACAGCACCCCCAGGCAUAAAAGGGUUAAACUGCCGUUGAGAAGAUCUUCCCCUUCCAGAGACACAGGCAGCUACUGUAGACACCAAUCCACCGAACCGGAGAAGCAUAUGAAUGCUCUCAAACAUAUGAAUACUUUAAACAGCCGAAUAGGAAAAACCAUACAAAUAGGUUUACACUCCUAGCAGUCGAACUGGAACAGCAUACAAUAAAUCCCCCCAAGAACGAGACAAGGCUCCGUUUUGAGGGUCAAGCAGUGAACAGACAGAGCUGUGGGUUUAUUGUUCUUAUAUACACAUUAGUACCACUAACAACCAAUAAACACGUACAAUACACUCAGACAAAAUCCUCCCCUUUGCCUGUGAUACAAUUACCUUACACAAUGGGUAAUGUAAUUAUCACAGGCAGAGAAAAACAGUUUUUAUUCACAUUAUUCAUAAUUUUAAAAGUAUGCAUCACAUUCACAUAAAACUUACAUUUUCAGAAUCAGCAUACUCCAAAUACAAACAUACGGCAAAAUCAUACAAAUUUGUCCAGUGGUUCAAAAGAUAGAUCGUAGUCCUUUGUGACCAAAUGAUGCAUGGCUUUUCUGCCCAAAACCAGUUCCACAGAGUCUUCUAUCCUGGAGAUAAUUGGGAAGUAAUCCAUAUCUCUCAAAGGACAGAGGCAAAACUCAAUUGAACACACGGCAGCAAAAGACAAUAAAAUACAUAAAAAUAUAUAACUGUGCAGCCAUUGCAUAAAACAGGUACAUUCAACAUAUCCCCAGAUAGUUCAGAUCUGAGCGCACAUUAUUACUGAAUGGCGCUCAGAUCACACACAUACAGUUCAAUUGCCAUGGAGCCAAAGUCUUUCCCAUAGUCUUUCAUUAUACGAAUGGGCUCCAUGGCAUAGCUAUCUGGGGUAUCACUGCUCAAACAGAGCAAGCACCGAAUGACCCGGCUUUUGUGUCUUUGCAGGGGAAAAUCAAGCGUUUCAACAUAGGGCCAUAGUCUAAAGGCAGCAGGCGGGCAAGCAGGCUCCUCCAAUGCGCAGUGGCGAGAUUGGUCUCGUCACAUCUGUAUUAACACACUAUAGACUGUACUGCUGUUGGUCUAUCGUCUCCCAGUGAAACUGAUUAAUGUAAAUGGUUUCUAUUUCAGAAAGCACCCUUUACUUGCCAGUUAAUCCAUGGGCAGAUUACAGCUGUUGUGAUAAAUAAGCUAUAUCAUAUUAUUAUAUUAUAAUAUAUCAUUUCUUGAUUUGCUCCUAAAGGGUUUCGUUAUGGAAGUGACAUUGUUCCUUUCUCAAAAGUGGAUCAAGAACAGAUGAAAUAUAAGACAGACGCAAAAUGUUUUAUGGUUUUGGGCUUCACUAGAUCGUCACAGGUAAUGUUUUUUGUAAAAAAAAAAAAAAAAUAAUAAAAAAAUAUUUUGCUGUAUUAAGCAGAUAGUAAGCUGUUCUACACAGUUACAAAUUGCAUUACAUCAAGCUGAAGGAUUUCCUGUGCCUGAUACAGGAAAUUGAAAAUGCCAUAAGGGUAGAUUUCGAAGCCAAUCAUAUUUCUUUAUUUCUUCAUAGAUUGACAGAACUCAGUUUAUGGGAAAUCAAGUUGUAAAAAUCUUUCCUCCAAAGGAUGAUGAGGUGAGCUACAGAAAAAACAAUAAAUGCAUAUUUUACCUGGAAGACCAGAUUCUGAGUAUGACAUGUUACCGUCGCCUUUCCUCCAGGUUCAGCAUUAGAACUAGCUUCACAGAAUUAAUUUAGUCAUUUUCAGACUCUAUUGUAUGCAAUUCCUAUAUUUUCUCAUCUUCCUCUGUCUGUCAGGCUGCUGACAGUGGGCUCGUUAAUGGAUGGAUCAGUCUUGCAAUUAAUCAGCUAUCUGUCAUUCAUUAAAUUAUGCAUUUUCCUUGUCUGAGCAGAGGAAAGGAUAACAGAGCUCUCAUUGUGUUCUUCACUAUCUUAAAAGGUUAAUUCAAGCAUCAUAACCACUAUAGCCCGCUAUUUCCCAGAAAUGGGGCAAAGCAUUUUGCAAUUAUUUGGGUUUCCAUGUGGCGCAGACGGUACUCUAGGGCCAGUAAUGCCAAUCCCAUAGCCAUUCAUUUUCUGGGAGCAUUAGCUGACUGCUAUCAGCCAAUAAAUACAAUUCCAUGCAGAGAAAUAUUUACAGAAUCAACAUUAGCCAGCUAUUGUCUCUGUUUGGCUAAUAACACCCCAGUGGCACUACCGGAGGUAAAAUUAGACUUCCAGCAGUUAAACUCUGUAUGUGCAUCAACAAAUGAAAAUUUGCAUCGACACCAGGCACCAUGAGCAUUUCAAAUCAUUGAAGUGAUGAUGGUGCUUGAUAGAACCGUUUAAUAUAUGCUGCAUCUGCAACACUUUCAUCUUAAAAUGUAUUAACAUCCCUUUUCACAGACACUGUAUCAUUAUAUCUGCAGCAGAUAUGCUUUAUUUUUACAUAUUGUUUCCUGAAUCUCUAUAUAGCAAGCUGUCCAAGUGUGUGACCUGCCUCUUUCUAUCUGCAAUGCCAAUAUUCAUCUAAUAGUAAUCUUUUAAUCAGGCUGCUACUGUGGCUCUCUCUGCCCUGAUUCACGCCCUGGAUGAGACUGACAUGGUGGCCAUUGUGCGUUAUGCUUACGAUCGAAGAUCGAAUCCCCAAGUUGGUGUGGCUUUUCCUCAUGUUAAAGACAAAUACGAGGUACGGUUUCAAAAUAUAUUCUUUGUAUUCUAUUUGCAGUAAGUGUGCCUCUUUUUUUUUUUUAUUUUACUAAUGUGAGAACAAACACGAUUUAUUGCUAAAGCCUAUAAAUUCAAAAGAUAUCUGACCUAUGUACAUUCGGCUGAAAAGUAGGGGUUUAAAUAAUAACCAUUCAAUAACCACCGAAGUGCAUUAUACUGAGCAUGUCUACAUCAUUGUGGCUGAAUUGCUCAGAUCACAUUAAUCAAAGUAUAAUUACAUGUCAACUUUCCAGCUUGUCAUGUCUAAGCUAUAGAAUUGUAGUUAUAAACAUGUACAGUGAAUACGGUGCCCACUGCUUUGCUGAAAAAAUGGCAAAUUUUGAGUGCCGCCACUACGUCUCAUUCAUUAUUUACAUAGUUAUCUGCAGUGAUUAUGGUGUCUUAGUAUUUGUGCUUAUGGAUAAGGAUAUAAUCCUGCUCCAGACUUAGACCUCUGAUUUAUUCAUCAUCUCCGUGGAUAUCCAUGUUGGCUGCUUUGUGGGAUUAAUAAUGUUGCAUUAUGACCAUCGUUCUGGCAUAUAAAGUUAAAUGAGCGAAUAAAUAUCUAAUUUGACUUUUUGUAGUGACAAUAUGGGCAGUGACGCACGUCCUAAUCAGUAUAUUCUCUCUUCCUUUCUAAGUGCUUAGUGUAUGUUCAGCUCCCAUAUGCAGAGGAUCUCCGGCAGUACUUAUUCGCCUCUCUCAAAAACAACAAACAGUUUACUCCAACAGGUAGAGCUACAACCCCUGACCUGUAAAUUGCUCACUACAAUUGAUUUCCUUUCCUUUAUAUCUCUUAGUAAAACACACUAUAUGUGCCAUUUGUGUUCACAGAUCCCCAUUUUCUGAAUGUUUAGAAAGUAAUUAUUUCUGUAAAUCUGUAUCUUACACAUUAUUAUUCACUUUGGUGUAAAAGAAAACACGCUCUGCAAAAAUCAUUUUGUGUUGACAUUUCCCCAAAUUGAUCCUCUUCUCUCUGUACCCCAACUCAUGCUGGUAUCUCCUCUUCCUGCCCUCAGAUACCCAGCUGUCUGCUGUAGAUAACCUCAUUGACAGUAUGUGUUUGGUGCAUGAAGAUGAAGAUGGUUUUGAGGAUUUAUUCAAGCCGAGCAAGAUUCCUAACCCCCAGUUCCAACGCUUGUUUCAAGUGAGUAUUUUCACUCUGAAUGUUUUCUUGAAAAAAGAAUGCACUGAACUACAAUGUAGUAUCUGAAGGAGUUUACUCAUGUCAGGAUGAAGGCCCUUAAGCACCAAUUAGGAACCUCUCAAUCUGCUCUAUUGGAAGUAGGAGGGUUCAUAUCCCAUAAAUCCCUGAAGAGCAGAGCUUCAUGGGAUAUGUAGUUCCUUCUCAUCAACUACAAUAAGUGAAACAACUGAAUAGCAGUCGCUAUCAGUCCAUUUACAGCCCAGAUUGACCGCAGCCACUGGCUGUAUGUGUGCUGCCAUGGCACACGUCCAGGUUCCUGGAGCCCGUCUGAUAGCUGGCAAUAACUUGUGGUAAGUGACAACUCUCUGCAAAAUAACAUCUACAGCUAAAGAGUGCUCAAAGUAGUCCUUAAUUCCUCCCAAUUUUCUUUUUUGUGUCAUGCCACCAUUUAAUACAUCAUUUGUUUCCCCUUUCCAAUCGUAUUCCUUCUUUUUAAACCUUCUCCCAAUUUUUCCUUUUAUACACCUUCCAUACAAUUCUGACCUCUCGAUGCAUUAGGCAUCAUUUAAUUCCCCAUCUUUAAUAUUCUUUAAUAUCCACCCUUCCUUCUUUGUCCCUUAUCUCCUUCCCUCUCGCUUUCUAGUCUUCACACAGGGAAAUCCUGAAUUCUGUUUUUUUGUUUCUGUCACAUUUGUUUCUGUUAUCAAUACAGAGCAACCCAUAGCUUCAUAUUUAAUUAAUUUCCUACAUUGUGUUGAGAAAUUCCUCUGUGGGUGUCACAGCCUAUUGGCAGCAUUUGCACACCCUUGGCAACAAGCAAUACUUUCUAAUUGCUUGGCUAUAAUAUUGUCCAGGUAUCUUUUUUUCCAGAAAUGUGCCAAGGUUCAGACAUGAAAGCAGUGAAUGGAUUUACGUAAUCAUUACAUUGCUGUCUUUACAAAAAUUGUUCAGCAGCUAAUCUAGCGAUAAGCGCUCAGAUUUACAAGAAUGGAACUGACCCCAAUUUAAAACCUUCAGACAUUUUGUGAUCGAUCAUCGGCCUUGCUGCUGUUAUCAAAGUAUCAAUCCAUAUGUGUUCUGAACAUUAAGACAAUAAACACUUUUCUUCAACCUGCUCUUGAAUUUAUUGAUAUUCUAAAAAUUGUUCAGUUGUUACCGUGGCAACCUGUGAUGACAGAGCUUUUCCAAAACAUCUCUUACUCUUGAGUGUCUUCUUGGUGGAGGUGCAGCAUUGCCAUGGGAUGCAAGUAAAAUUUGCGAUUGUGGGCACAUGCAUUGCAGACUCUAAUUACUUUGUGUCGCUGUAUCACAGUUUUAGCAGUUUCAUGUGGAAAAUUAAUAACAUUUGUUGCUCUGUGUUUGUUUGCUGACAAUUCAGUAAAAUAAUAAACAGUUUAAAUCAGUCUCUGUGUAUUUAGCUUCACGUUUAUCUGUUAAAAGAAGCGGUGUGCUUCAUGUGAGUGUAUUCAUUACCUAAGCUUAACUACCAGGAUGUAACAGGACUGCUGUCUGAUUGGAAACCAGGAGGUUGUAACAAAGUUAUUGUAUAAAAGUGUCAGUCUCUAUUGAAAUCUGUAUUUUUUUUUCUUUUAAAUGAUAAAAAAGAGAGCACAUAAAGCAUUAUAGCAGUGCUUUAGGGGGUCCGUAGUGUCCUUUAAUGGACAGCGUAUGCAAACAUUCCUUGCUCCAUAACCACCACAAUGACCUGUAAUAGUGCUUAAAGGGACACUCCAGGUCUGGGUGCCAACUCCCACUACCCUUAACCCUGCAACUGUAAUUAUUGCAGUUUUCAUAAACUGCAAUAUUUACAUUGCAGGGUGAACUCCUCCUCUAGUGGCUGUCUACUAGACAGUUAAUAGGUCCUCCACGUGCGCGGGGCUGAAGGGGUUAAAACCCUUUUAGCCACUCACCUGAAUCCAGCGCCGUCAGGCACAGCCGACAGCCGACGGGGGAGACCUAAUCGCAUGCAUGGCAAUGGCCGCAUGCAUGCAUUAGACCUUUCUAUAGGAAAGCAUUAUUCAUUGUUUUCCUAUACAGAAAAUCUGACGCUGGAGGUCCUCAUGCAUAGCGUGAUGAUGUCCAACGUCCGAUAACGGACCAACAGACCGUUUGGAUUCCGGAAGCUUCCCCAGUGGCUGUCGUGGAAAAGGAACACAGCACCCUGACCACUUCAAUGAACUGAAUUUGUCUUGGUGCCUACAUUGUCCUUUUAAUUAGUUUUUUUUUGUUGAACUUGCUUCUUGGACAGUGCUGCUCACUGGAGGUUUAAUUCUUGUUUCUCUCUUUUCAGUGUUUACAGUUCAAAGCCUUUAACCCCGAUGAACCCUUGCCACCCAUAGAACAGCAUCUCUUGAACAUGCUGGAGAUGCCAUCAGAGGUUAAAGCCAGGUGUCAGACUCCUCUUCAAAAGCUGAAGUCCUGCUUUCCUCUACAGGAGGCAACUAAGAAGAAGGCGCAGAAAACCGGACAGGAUAUAUUCGAAGAAAAGUAAGUUUCACCAACUAUCAGCUACAUUGUGUCUGCAAUUGGAUUGUUCGUUCUGUCUGAGCUUUAGGUAAGAUAAUGUGUCUCAGCAGAAGUUGGUGAGAUUACAGUAAUUCUAGUAUAGCGAUAGUAAGAAAGUAUUAGAUUGGUUUUGUCUCUCUGUAAAAUAUUAACAGCCAGGAGUGGAUGGUGAAAUAGGCUCGGGGGUACCUAGUGUGUGCAAUUACUUUUGUGACAAAUUAGAAAUUCUAUAUAUUUCUAAUAUAGGCCUUGAUUUAAUAAUAUUGGAUAAUUGUUUCACAUUAUUUAAAAUUCUGAAAGAAAAAAAAAGAUGUGUAUAGAUAUGAUAUAUUUUUCAUAUUUUAAAUAUUUUGAAAACAUAGUUUUAAAUGUUUAUCCCAAAAUAUUAAUUCAUAUGAAAAGCUUACCCAAAAUAUUAGAUCAUGGCCAUAAUCUGUUUGUUUUUUAAAAAAAAAAGUGUAUGUAUAUAUAUACAUACAAAAAUAGAUAGCUUGGCACUCACCCUAUCUCCCAUUAAAUAAAUAAAUAUCUUGAUGCAUUGGUGCAAUCCCACGUUAUGAAAUCUAUGGAGAAAUAAGGGAUGCACUCUCAGGUCUUUACAGAAAAUCCGUUGGUAUUUAUCAAUACCAAUACCUGUCAGAUGAUGUAACUCUUUUAUUUAAUAAAUACCAACAGAUUUUCUGUAAAGACCUGAGAGUGCAUCCCUUAUUUCUCCAUAUAUAUAUUUACGCUGAUAUUGUCCGAACACUUGAGUUUGAUGUAAUUGUUUUUUCAUUUCCACUUUGACAUGUUUGUUAAUAUGCUUGGGGUUAUAAUUCUAUCAUCCUGAUUCAUGGCAUCUGUUAUUUUAGUGUUUUGUGGAAAUUUACCUUUAAACGCAAACUUGAAUUUCAUUCAGGCCACUUGCUGAUCCCCUUGUUUGAUUACAGCCUGGUUUCCUGACCAGCGCUGUGAUUAGCUGAUUGCUCACCGCUAAGACUGCUAUUGAUUGUUCUUCCUCAGUAACAAUACACCAUCUUCCUCAACUCUGACUUAACAAUCUACUGGCGGCUGAAGCAAGCUGUCUUCACACUUCAUAGGAACAUUUCUAUAAUUACUGAGUCUUUAAUCAGUUAAACAUUAGUGCACUCAUUACAUCCAUUGAGAGCGAAUGAUUUAGUCAUUGGCUGGGGCAGACUGGGAUAUUUGCAGCAGCUCUGUUGGCAUUUGAUAAUGCACUUUCUGUUAAUCUUUCUUGUAUUACAGCAAUGCUGCCUGGACCACCACUCUGCCACUUGUCUUUAUGUGGGAGACCAUGUAAACAUGGUAGUGGAAUGUCUAUGUAACAUAUUACUUCAUUUACUGAAGUAUAUUUCUGUGAAGCUCGGCAGCCCUCCCAUAGUAAAUCCUCCACGUGGCAGCCCUCCCAUAGUAAAUCCUCCACGUGGCAGCCCUCCCAUAGUAAAUCCUCCACGUGGCAGCCCUCCCAUAGUAAAUCCUCAGUUUGUCAGCACUGCCAUAGUAAAUCCUCCACGUGACAGCCCUCCCAUUGUAAACGCUCCAUGUGGCAGCCCUCCCAUAGUAAAUCCUCAGUGUGUCAGCACUGCCAUAGUAAAUCCUCCACGUCACAGCCCUCCCAUAGUAAAUCCUCCACGUGACAGUCCUCCCAUUGUAAACGCUCCAUGUGGCAGCCCUCCCAUAGUAAAUCCUCAGUGUGUCAGCACUGCCAUAGUAAAUCCUCCACGUCACAGCCCUCCCAUAGUAAAUCCUCCACGUCACAGCCCUCCUAUAGUAAAUCCUCCACGUCACAGCCCUCCCAUAGUAAAUCCUCCAUGUCACAGCCCUCCCAUUGUAAACGCUCCACGUGGCAGCCCUUCCAUAGUAAAUCCUCUGUGUGUCAGCACUGCCAUUGUAUAUCUGUUUUGGUGUAUAUAUCAUGACCCUGCAGUCUCACUGAUCAAUUCUCUGCCAUUUAGUUAAAAGAUCACUGUAGGGUCAGGAACACAAACAUGUAUUCGUGACCCUAUAGUGUUAAAACCACCUUCUAGCUCCCCUGGGCACCUCAUGCCUCCCUAAAAAUAGCAAAAUCUUACCUUUAUUCAAGCCUGAAGCUGUAGCUCUGCAUACUGUUUGACUCAGAAUAGUCAAUAGUCAAAACCUGUCUGCUGACAUCAUCAGAAGUGGUGGCCUGAUCCAAUCACAAUGCAUCCCCAUAGGAUUGGCUGAGACUGACAAAGAGGCAGAUCAGGGGCAGAGCCAGCAUUAUUCAAACACAGCCCUGGCCAAUCAGCAUCUCCUCAUAGCGAUGAAUUGAAUCAAUGUAUCUCUAUGAGGAAAGUUCAGUGUCUGCAUGCAGAGGGUGGAGACACUGAAUGUUUGGAUGCAUUUUAGGCAGCCAUGACCCAGGAAGGAUCUCUAACAGCCAUCUGAGGAGUGGCCAGUGAAGUUAUCACUAGGCUGUAAUGUAAACACUGCAUUUUCUCUGAAAAGACAGUGUUUACAGCAAAAAGCCUGACGGUAAUGAUUCUACUCACCAGAAUAAAGUCGAUGAGCUGUAGUUGUUCUGGUGACUAUAGUGUCCCUUUAAGUUAAAUCACUUUUGGGUCAAGAAGGAAUUUUUUCCUAGUUUGUUGCAAAAUUGGAAGUGCUUCAAACUGUUUUUUUUUUGCCUUCCUUUGGAUCAACAGCAAAAACAGAUGUGAGAAAUGUUGAACUUGAUGGACACAUGUCUUUUCAGCCCAUGUAACUAUAGUACAUGUGUUACAAUUUUACCUUCAUUUUUUCCAUUCUUUCUCCAUCUCCCAAAGAAAUGAAGAACCUGACGCUAAGAAAGCUAAAACUGAAGAUGACGAUUUCAAUCUCAUGCAAAUGGCCGAUGGGAACAUCACAUCUGUAAGAGUUUUUAUAGCACUUUGUUGGUUCACAUCAGAUUUCCUAAUGGAGAGCUCUAGUAUAAAUGUUAUUCUGUUUUCAUAGACUUUUGGGGCACUCUGCUAGAUGGCAAGAAAUUUAUUUAAAAAAAUCUUUGUCCAUUGCCAUCCUGUUCUCUAAGCUGCAGUUGCUUGUUCUGCUGUGAGAUCAUAGAGAAUCAUCCAGUGCCUAUUGGGCAUGCACAGCAAUCACUGCGCUCAUCUAAUUGGAUACAUCUCAUUUAAUAGCACUCAAUCUAAUGCUUCUAAAUGAGGUGUUUUCACAGGGUUUUAGCGGCUUCAUGCUGCCGUUAUGAUGUUUGUUGUGAAGGCUACAAAUUAUUUAACGCCUUCAUGAUUAAGUGCAUCUGAUUGGCGGCCUCUAGAGGCACACUGACCAGCAAAUAUAAAUAUUGCCAUUUCUCACGCAUGGCAUUAUUCAAACUGUUCAGAGUGCUGUGACAGCGUCUAUGCACCAAAACCACUACGUUAAAAUGCAGUAGUUUUAGUGUUUAGAGGGCCCUUUUAAAUAAAAUGAAAGAAAAUAAUCUCCUAGUCGUCUAUAUUUUCAACUUGACUUUUAUGUUUGUCAGGUGUAGUGGCAUAAAAUUCAAAAGGGCAGACUUACACUUGUAAUAGCAAAAAAAAAUAAACUAAAGUCCGGAGCAACAAAUCUGGCAACAGCAAGGCAAGAUCAUGAUUAGACAACCCAGUAGUCCAUAUCUAGGCCACAAAAGGUAAGAUAGGCCAGAGGUCAGGAAAACUUAGGAAAUCAGGAAUUAUUAUUAUUUAUAUAGUGCCAGCAAAUUCCGUAGCGCUGUACAAUGGAAUCACAAGUAUAGUAGCGAUAGAGCACAGAAUAACUGAGCAAUGGCAGCUUAGCUGUUCAAGGUUUAAAUAGGGUGCCAGGUGUAACACACACCUACUCACACAUGCUCCCAUAGUACCCUAUUGGUGGAUGGGGUUGGCUGUCAUGCAGGGUUGCCAUGGGAGAUAAUCUUUCCUGAUUUCAUUCCAGCUGUACAUCCUAGGUCUGCCCUUUCGUCAUGGAACUAUGGCGCACGUCACCCAGGUGUCUAUUGUUGCUUGAGAGACGUGACGGAAGGUCGUAGGUUGCAAAACGCCCCUGGGGUUAGCGCAUACGCGUGUUCAAGCAGCCGCGAUGUGGUAUUUCAUUGUUGGUUCAGUACAAGUCUCUGUUUAGCUAAAAAAGUAAACACACCAAAAUCAAAGGCUCAGAGAAAUGAGCUCAGGAAGACCGCUAAUGCUUUGAGAUUGCCAUUAGGUGGAGAAGAGAAUAAAUUAGGUAAAUUGUAAAUGCACUCACUACUAAUUACCAAGAAGUGCGGCAAUAUUUGAUGAUUAAGCCCCAAAAAACCAAUUGUUGCCUCAUAGAAUGUUGUACUUUUCGAUCUUACAGAAUGUGUUCUGAGUCAGGGUGAUGUCAGCUGUAAAACGCUACCAAUACGUCACCCACUCAUUGUAAUGUGACUGUGCAGUCUCGGGAUUAAUACUUUAUGUGACUCUGCCUCUGUCCCUGCAGCUAGGUUUUUCAUUGUUAAUCAAUUUCAUUCACUGAUAUAAAAAAUUAAAUCCUCAUUUCUGUACUCAAAUAUCUCUGAGCAAUUAAGAAAACCUUUUUUUUUCUUUAUGUAUUAUUAUUGCUUUACAACCCUUUAAAUUUCCUAAGACUCCUGAUAACUUUCCUUAAACACAGGCUGAGGCAGUGUUUUCGAACGUCUGUUUUAAUUUGAACUGUGUUAAAAAAUUGCAUCUAAAACUUAUACACUGCCUCCAGCUUGCAGCCUCAGGGGGGCGCCAGAGUUAGGUGGAUGGCUUUGAACUCAGACGGUUAAUGUUAAGGCUGUCGCCAGCAUUCUGCCGACUGAGGACUGUGAUUGCAGUACGGUGGCACUGCCAAGAACCAUAGAUUGAGUUCUGCUACAGUGAGCUAAAUCCUUCACACCCGAUCAGCCUGGCAGCUCUCACCGUGGGUAAUUAUGGAUAGCAGCGUUUACUCCCAGGCCGUAUAAUAAUGUUAUGUAUAUAUAACUAGUGUGAGCCGUACAAAUGCCCUGCGAUGCCUCUGGGCCAUCAGCUUAUAUGUGUAAGUUCAUGUGGCUAAAUUCAGGCACAAUGGCUGAUACAGCGCUACGGAAUCUGAUGGCGCUUUAUAAAUAGUAAUAAUAAUGACUGUGUUUCAAAGGACACUCCAGGCAAUAAGUGGGCCUCUCUUUUUUAUUGAUGUAUUAUAAAAGAGAGUGUUAAGAACAAAGAAAACAAUAUAUUAAAAAAUCUCAGAUAAAUUAAUAAUAAAAUCGUAUUUGAAGUUCCCAGAUUUGUUGCAUUAUUUUUGCAGCUUCUGCCCCGAAGAAGCCAAUCUUGCUGUGUUUUAGUGUCCCUGUCCUGAUAUGUUAUAUAUCUGUAAAGUAACUUAAAUUAAUUUAUAUAUCGCGCAAGAAGAAUUGCUAGUGGUUUGUAAAGACUGGAAGAAAAAUGUAUGUAAUAAUAAAGUCUCCUCCCUCACCUGUCAAUCAGUUCCUCGGCAUUUACCUCUAUGCUAACAAUUGAGGGAGUGAGGAGUGUAGGGGAACCCUCCAACAAGCGGAACUUCUGCUCUGGCACAUCAGCCGCAAUGAUUUGGUUGUUAUUGUUACUCUGUAGCCAGUACUUCUUACAAUGGAUUGAGGAGACUAGGAACAGAGCAACUGCUGUCUAGGGGCAGACACCAAUGUGCUGGCAAUGAGGGAGAACUGCUUGGCUUUGGGAAGUGUCCCCAAAUAGGUUCAAUCUAUUCACACAGCGGGAGGGACGCUGAUAGGACUAGAGCUGAGUGUUUCAGUAAUGUAACCUCUACAAAGCUCAAUUAAUAGAGGGAGGAAGUUUAUCUCUAACAUUUCUUCUGAUUCAUUGCCUUUGGGGAGGUUCAGUUAAAGUGAAUCUGUCAUUACAAAAUAAUUUUAACGUUCUAUACCAAAUACAGUGCUUUAUGUGCAAAGCAAUAGUUUCUGGCAAUUGUAGUUCAACCGCCAUCUUUGUAAUGUAGCAGCAGUAACGUCAUCACAUGUAGCUGUACUAUUGGUGCAGAGUCUACAAGCUCAAAAAUAAUUAACAAUCAUUGCAACACACCAUGUAUUGCAGCAAUAAUCCAAACAGGGUAAAACUUUGCUCUAGCUAAACUUUGUUUAGUUUCCUUCACAUGGUAGAGUCAUUUCUAAAAUAAUGAUAAUAUAAUGUAUCCCUGGAGGCUGUCAUGUCCAUCAUUGACCCUCAGAAUGCUGUAAGGAAUCCUUUUUGGGAAUCCAACAUAGGACCACCCGUAACGAGUAUUCUGAUUUAUAGCGCCCAGCUGUACUCACUUAGACUGAAACUUCAUACUUUUAAACUGAACCUGUCACAGAAAAGGAGAAAAGACAAAAUUGCAUUAAUGCAAAAAAUCUACAGGUAGUGUGAUAGUUUUCAGGUGAUUACAUGUAAUUUUUCACCUCCAUGGAGUCCCACAUCCGUUUUUCAGAAUGUUACAGACGUGUAAAAAGAGGAGGCAGGGUUAGGCUUUACCGAUUUAACGGUGUGCGUAGUGUUAGCUCACAGUCUGCAUCACUCUGAUCCUGAAACCAGGUUUGUACACAGCUCAGUCACAGCUGAUUGAAAAUCAGUCUGGGAAUCCACUUGUGAUGGAAAUCACCUCUGAGACUUGCAUGUCAGCUUUGACCUUUCCAGGUGACAUGACAUAUUGAAGUGGAUGUGGUUACCUUUAACACACGUCAACCGCUGGAUACCACAGGAGAGCUUUGCUGUUUAUGUUCUAAAAGGAAUAUUCUAAGAUUAAACCUGUGGUGGAACUUUCUGAUUCACAUUGGUACGAGGCUGUCUAAAUGACAUGUACUUCAAUGUAAUAUUCCUGGAUAAGCUUUUCAAAUGAUUUAAUGUUAUCGGAUAGACUUUUAAAAAUUUUUUGGGAUGUAUUAAAAUACAUCUCGUAUAUACAUCUUUAUAUAUCAGUUAUUAAAGGACCACUAUAGUGCCAGGAAAACAUACUUGUUUUCCUGGCACUAUAGUGCCCUGAGUCCCACUCCCGCCCGGCUCUGGAAGGGGGAAAGGGGUUAAAACUUACCUUUUUCCAGUGCUGGGCGGGGAGCUCUCCUCCUCCGAUCCUCCUUCUCUCCUCCCAUGUUGCUGAAUGCGCACGUGCGGCAAGAGCUGCGCGCGCAUUCAGCCGGUCACAUAGGAAAGCAUUCAUAAUGCUUUCCUAUGGACGCUUGCGUGCUCUCACUGUGAUUUUCACAGUGAGAAGCACACAAGCGCCUCUAGUGGCUGUCAAUGAGACAGCCACUAGAGGAAAUAGGGGAGGCUUAACCCAUUCAUAAACAUAGCAGUUUCUCGGAAACUGCUAUGUUUAUGAAAAAAUGGGUUAACCCUAGCUGGACCUGGCACCCAGACCACCUCAUUAAGCUGAAGUGGUCUGGGUGCCUAGAGUGGUCCUUUAAGCAAUUUCUUAAUAUAUUAAACAUUUAUGAAUAUAUUUAAAAAAAUUCUAAAUAUUAAAUAAUUCAAACAUAAAAUCAUUUAAAUAGCUCAUCCAAAAAUAUGAAAAUUGUUAGAAUACCGUUUUACAAUGACAAUGCUACAAUGAAAAGCAGUUAUCUCUUGGCAAUAAGCUGAUAGUGUAACAAAAACCGGGUUUGACAAAUCCUUCAGGAGAUUGGAAGACAAGUCCCCUAACCUCCAUGGAAAUGUUAUACAAAAAACCCAGCGGGAUUUUACACUCCAGAUAGCAAUAACACAUGACUGCGUUCAUUACCUCUCAGAAUGCAUUCCCUUUCACUCCUUCAGGACAAGUGAUUAGGGAAAUCCCAUUACAUAAUGACAGUCCUGGCUUGUCAUCUUUCCUGAAUGUGUUAAUGAACGCAGUAUUUUCCUUUAAGUUUCUUGCAAGCAUGUUUGCGUAAAGAUGGAUGGCUUCAUCCUGCUUUAUUUAAAUAUUUAAUGGGAGAAGGACUUAAAAUAAUACUUUUUGCAGAUUUCCUAGACCUUCAGGAGGUUAUGUAUAAAUUCAGGAGCUAAAGUUCUAAAUAUGGAGCAGUCUCCAUGGCAGCCAGUGGAAUUAUCCUGUUGAUUGCUAGACUAUUAGAAUGUUGCCCUUGAAUUGCUUUUAAUCAAUAGCCGUCAUAGUCCCUUAGAUUGUAAGAACUGGGGCACGAAAGGACUUCUGCUUCUAAUGCCAGGCGGUGUAAAGUGCUUGUGUAAUUAGACUUCUCUUUCUACCACUAUGUAGCAUUUUAUAAAUUAAAUAUCCCUUACAGAUCGUUUUUAUUGAUAAUUUUUAAAAUAAAAUCAUGUUGAUCUCCUACAAAUUUAGACUUGUCGACUACCUUGCAUAUUCAACAUCUCUCUAGGAUCUAACUGGCUGUCAGAAACCUUUUUUUAUCAGUAUCUGUCACUGAGGGUUUAAAAAUUGUAAUGCAGUUCCAAGAUGGCCGCCUCCACAAUAAAAAUAUUACAUGUUCAAAUGCUAAUCACUGCGAAAUAUACUUAUCCUUGGUUAAAUGACAGUAAUAUGGAAAUACUGUUUUACAUGGAUUUGUAUAAAAUAAAAUGUUAAAGUAGCAUAUUGUUUGUACUGUUUUAUUGUGUUGAUUAUCUGAUUUUAUUUUUCUAAUUGCAGAUAGAAAGUGAUUUAGGCUUGAUUAAAAGGUUACUCUCAGCAUGGUAACCACAUGGUAACAAGUUGAUGACGCAGAGUCAGGGCUGUUUCAAUACUCAGGAUAGCUCAAGUAAAUAUACAUGGACAGAAUGAUAACCUGUGCAGGAAAGUUAUGCAGUUCAUUGCAUAGUAUUUCUGUUCUGUAAUGGCAUGUAGACAAUAUCUGAUUUGGGUUUAAUUUGUUACUGUGUGUUAAGUUAUUACAAUCAGGCUCAUAGCUGAGAAAGGAAGGUAGACCUGUAUGUAAGACUUUUAUAAAUCGGACUUCGUAGAAUUGUAGUUCACCUCUUCUUGGCAGAUGUUUUUAUCCAGCAUUGGUAAAGUAAGCAAUGAGCGUCCACCUGCCUUUUGCGGAUACAUUGCUAAGGAAACACUGCGCCCCAUGCCAGAGGAGUGAUUCAUUGCUCUGCCCUUGCAGUCUGUGCCAUUUCCCACUCAUGCCAAAUCUGUGUCAUGAAGAUUGAGUGUAAAUGGCUCCAUUUUAGGCAGGACUCUGGGUGCAUGGAACGCAUGAGUUACUUAUCAUUCUGUGAGUCACUGAAACUGUCGGACCUUGAAAUACAGAUCCUCAACCAUCCUCGCGAAAUGGCAUUUAUUAUAAAAUCACAUCUUCAUCACAAAGCUUUCCACAGUGGGGGGGGGGGAGGGGGGUGGGACUGUGUGUGUUCUCCUGUCAUUUUAUUUUGUAUAAAUCCUUUAAUUUCUAAACAGUGUAUUGUGGGGCAUUGAAAACCACAUUUGCUAUAAUUAAACAUUAUCCAACUCAGUUAAAUUCUCAAUUUGGCAAUUUUUUUGCCCAGAUUUAGCAAAUCCAGUUUUCAUUUUCAAUGAAUCUAAGUUCACUGUUCUAUCUGCACUAUGUCUGCUCACAGUACGUGCUAAAGGCACUUUGAGUCGCUAUUUUUAAAACACACGUCUCUCCUGUCUCGCAGUGUGCUCGGCAUGACCGAAUCAUUGUGCAAUGUGCUUGUGGUACUAAUGUGAACACAAAUAAACAGUAAUGUUACUUCUGGAUAGAAAUACGAUAAGACAGAGGAAUAUUUGUAUGGGGGGGGGCGGAAAUUAUGUGUAAAUGAAUAUUCCCUUUAUUGUAAGAUAGUUCUUUAUUGAUUGUUGAUGCUAGUCAAGUGCAGAAUGUUAUUAGUUCCAAUCGUGAAAAGCUAACAAUGUCCAAAUGACAGCUCGCAAUCCAACUGUGUAAUUACAGUGCGGUUCAGUGCCUCCCUUAGUACCCUCUAGGUUGUAGGAAUCUGUUUAUUAAAAAACGAUUUUUACAGUGGGCUUUAACGCUUUGAAUGCCACAGAUGUGCCAAACACAUUGCAAACCAAUGCAUUAGGCACCUCUCAGCAAAGAGUUAAAAGACUCGAGCAGACUGAUUAUCUUAUUAACAUUAGGCAGUCGAAAUCGCUUUUUACACUGUUUGCAUUGCUAACAAGCACAUUUCAGAGGUUUUAACGAGGAGCAUCCUGAUCGCUCUUCCAGUGUUUUUUGUGUUUAAGUUUAAACGUGUUUAUUUAAUAAUGGAGAUUGUGAAUAUGAGAGUUGAGAGUUCUGUUGUGUUUUUUCAGGUGGGCAGUGUCAGUCCAGAUAAAGAUUUCCGUUUGUUGGUGAGACAGAAAACCACCAAUUUCAAGGAUGGUAAGUUAUUCUCUCUCUCUCUCUCACUCUCGAUUCAUUUAAACCUGGAGAUAUCAAAGCAAGUACCUCCCAUAAAGCAUAGUUCAGUUUCUCCUCGCUGUCUUACUUGACUGAUGAGAUCCUGUAUAAUUAUUAAAGGGACACUAUAGUCAUAAGAACAACUACAGCUUGUGGAAUUUUUUUGGUGAGUAGAAUCACUGCCUUCAGGCUUUUUUGCAGUAAACACUAUCUUUUCAGAAGAAAAUGCAGUGUUUACAUGAUAGCCUAGGGAUACCUCCAGUGGUCACUGCUCAGAUGGCUGCUAGAGGUGCUUCCUGGGGCAGUGCUGCACAGUGUAUCCACCCUCUGCAUGCAGACACCGAACGUUCCUCAUAGAGAUGCAUUGAUUCAAUUCAUCUCUAUGAGGAGAUGCUGAUUGGCAAAGGCUGUGUUUGAUUUGUGCUGGCUCUGCCCCUGAUCUGCCUCCAUGACUGUCUCAGCCAAUCAUAUAGGGAAGCAUUGUGAUUGGCUCAGACCACCACUUCUGAGGAUGUCAGCAGACAGCAGGCAUGUCAAAGACAGACAGGUGCAGAGCCAAAAGCUGCAAACCUCAAUACAAGUAAGAUUUUACUAUAUUUAGGUAAGCAAAAGACGGCCAGCGGGGCUAGAUGCUGGUUUUCACACUAUAGGGUCAGGAAUACAUGUUUGUGUUCCUGACCCUAUAGUGCUCCUUUAAGACAGUCAGCGGCGCCAUAACUUGUACAAGCCCUGGUAAAGCAUUCUGAGAUUUUCUUGAUUUCUUGGUAUAUGCCCUGGAAAAAAUCUGCUACCGUGUUGGAGUAGUGUGUCCGCUAGGGCAGCAACAGCCAUAGAGGAAAUGGCAUUUCUCAAGUAAUGGUACAUUCCAGUGUAUAACUAAAACAUCUCUAAUAGUUCUUAAAUAGUUUUUGUUUCUUAAAUAAAUUGAAUGCAAGUAAGUCCUGGCACAGCUUGGCAUUCAACGCAAAUCUAAAUAUCUAUUGAUAUUCUUGUGCAUGACCUUUGAUACUUGAGACUAUGAAAUCAUGGCCAGUAUUCAGAACAUUCAGAGCAGAUGACUACAUUUGUUUCCCUGAAGUAGAAAGUUAGAAAAUAAAAUUAGAAAUAAUAGCGAAAAACAAGUCUUUAAAUUUUUUUAUUUUUUUUUAAAGCUGUGCUUUAAUACUAUUUUAUUAUAUUUCACUCACUCAUUUAAACCACAUUGCAUAGUACUUUAAUUGAGAAAUAUUAGCAAUUUGCUGGUCACAAUAGGAUUCUCUCAGAACUUCACGUAUGUUUGUCGGUGUUGAAAUUGGGAAAAGUCAGUUCUUUUAUUAUUACCUUAUGCUUAAAGCAAGCGUAUGAUGGUAGAAGCCACUGCUAAAAUACUGCUUUGCAGGUGUCUGCUGUGUGCCAUCAAAGAGAGAACCGUGAUGCACAAGGGCUACGGCAGUUGCAUUUGGCAAGCUAAGUGUUCUUUGAGGCAUCCCUGCUGAGUCUAACCGCACAAUACUAUGGCAUGAUUACACGGAUCAAUAGCUGUAUCCUUACUAUGAGGAUCUAGGCUUUCAUAAAAGGAAAUCACGUCGAAAGAAUAUUUUGGCCUUAAUGAAAUUUUUCUUGCUCCAGUUAAUUGUUUAUUGGAUUUGCUUUGUAUUGCGGUCCAUACAAUGACAAUGUGUCUGUGCAGUUAGAAGACAUGAUCUUAAGUAGUGAACACGAAAUGUGGCAGAGGCAUCAAAAAUCGAAAGUAAUGAACAAGGCGAUUGUGGUUUCUGAUUAUUUCUUUUUUAUUGUACACCUCAAAGCAUUCUUGCUAGAUGUUUUCUUUUUCUCCUCCUCCCUUACAGGACCACUAAAGUCACCUGGACCACUUCUUCUCAAUUAACUAGUCUGGGUGCAGUGGUCCUGUCGUUUUAACCAUGUGGCCUCUGGUGGUAUUCUUAUUGACAGCAAUUAGAGGGGCUUCCUCCUCCAGAACUAAUUCAAACUCGGUCCUGGAAUCAAAUGAUUCUGAUAACCGCAUUUGGUUGAAGGAGUGCAGAAUGUGGCCUUGCGUGCCUAGUUCCAAUCUCGUUUUGCAUUCGUGCUCGUUUAGAAGCAAAGGAUUGGAGGUGUUCGGGGGUGAUGUCAGCUUGGAAGCUGACAUCACAGGAUGUGGAGCUGGUGUCAAAGUGUUUGGAACCAAGGUGAGUAAACAUUAGUUAACGUUAAUUUUUUACUGACAAAGGGGGUUGAGAGAAGGCAAUAUAUAGCCCCGAAAUAACAAUUGCGACUAAUCCAAAAUAUUUAUCUCUCCCAUUCUUUAUAUACAGCAGUUUACAAAUUAGAGCCUUUAUUUUACUUUCACUUAUGUAUAUUACAAAAACCAGCAUUCAGAAAAACAAACAAAUGGGGCUAUACAGAAGCACAUUGAAUAAACUCAUUUUUGGCAGAGCUGCUUUGGUUGUUUUACGUGGAGUUCUCUUAUUCAGGCUGUUAUUUUUUUAUAACUGUAUCUGUGCUCCAACCAAUCACAAGAGACCUUUUGCGUGCCACUUUGAAUCGAUUGACUUGUCAAUCUUUCUAUGAUUCUCUCGAUAAGGUGGUAACGUUGAAAAAACAAUGGCUUCCUGACAAGAACCAGCACUCUGUGCACACAGUCAUUGCUUCUAUGCAAUCUGAGUGCCUGGGGUUUUAAUUUAACACUCCAGUGGCGCAAAGGUUUGUAAGGCAGUAAAGGAGCAAAAAGGGGACAGUAAAAUGAUGUCUUUAUGACUUGCUCAUUUUAGAUUGCAUCAUUUAGUAGUCAAAAAAGUUAAAAGUAUUAAGUUAAACUCUGACUUGGGAAGCCAAGUGUUAAAAAUGGAAACCGCAUUCAUUAGUGAUGGCUGUAAAAAAUAUUUAUAUACAGUAAGACAACUACGCUAAGCAUGUUAAGGACCAUUAAAUCUAUUAGACAAACUUGCAUCCAAGAUAAUAAAGUAAAAAGAGAUCACUUAAUGUGUUGUAUUAUUUGACACUCACUGAUCUUUAUUACUGUAUUGCUUCCAGCCAAGGCUUGCUUGUUUAAAUGCCUCUCUCUUUACUUUGUAUCACUUAUUUCACAGAACACUGAGGUGAUGUUUUAAGAGCAAUAAUGUCCUUCGGUCUGAAAGUUUGAAAAUGAGCCAGGAGUGUCUUAUUUGUUACCUUUGCAAUAACCUCACUUUUACUACUUUGCCACAGAAUAUGUCUUUAACCCCUUAAGGACACAUGACAUGUGUGACAUGUCAUGAUUCCCUUUUAUUCCAGAAGUUUGGUCCUUAAGGGGUUAAAGCCCUCACCCCCACGUGUUACUGUUUAGAAUCAAAAUGUCUAAUUUGUUUAUUGUAAUGUACUUUGUUUGACUUCCAGUGACCUGUCUCCAUAUAUAUCACACCUUGUUUUGUACCCUACUGACAUUUGUCAGAGAGAGCAGCGCAAUAUUAAAAAGAAAAAAAACGUUCCCUGCAAUAAUGGCAGUCUCAGCAUUGCUGCAGUUUUGCACGCAUUGUAAUUGCCGUUACAGAAGGAAUUACAGGUUUUUGUCUUCCCAUUAGAAUGUUUUUUUAGUGUAUAUUAGUUUAAUUAUUUAUGCAUUUGCAUUCACAGAUCUGGUCUUUAGUAGAAAAUUUGGAUUACUGCUUAUGUUUUGUGCUUAUUCUGCAUCUUUGUUUUAAAUGUAUUAUUCUUCUUUUUCUAGUGAGCAAUCAGCUGAUUAAUCGUGUCAACGAAUGCUUGGAAAUCAAACAGACGCAGUACUAUCUGAAGGCUAUGAAAUGUAUCAAAGCAUUCCGAGUUGAAGCUGUGCGGGUAGGUGCAAUAUUCCCAUAGUAAUUAUUUUUUAAAAAUAAAUAGCUCUUGACCUUUUUUAAUAUUAGCUGUGUUCUCCACUUUUAUUUGAUGCCACUUUUGUUUGUGCACGCUGACGUCCUUUGUGAUGCUCAGUAAUGGCCCAUGUAAGACAGAGCUAUGUCUGCUAAGGAUUAGUCCUUUAUAUCCUGAAAGGAAGACCAUCAUCACAUUCCUAUAUCUCUAAAUGUCCAGGUGACAGAGUAAAAGUCAUUUCAUAACUUUUUAAUAUUACUAAGAGUGCAUAAUAUAUACAAGAUUUUUCAAAUGCAAAGAGCUUACACGUGACAAUUUAAAGGUUAAAAUAUAAACUCUAACAAGCUGUUUUUUUAAUAUAUAUUUCUAUUUUCUUGCUACAUGGAAGAUGUCUCAGGUUCAACUCUUUAAUGAUUUCCUCCAGUCCCUGAAAGCGAAGACUGAAGGCAGUAAAUUGAUGGAAUUCUGGGAAAUCGUUGUACAAGGUACAUACAUAUGUGGAUUAUUUUAGAAGUGACAUUGAAUUGCUGGUUGUUAUAGCUGCUUUGGUAAAGAAUGUGUUUGUUAAUAUUGUGUGUUUUGUUUUAUUCUUUUACUGUUCCAACAUUGCAGUAAAGUUACAGAGGUAAACUAGUCUCUCAUCUGCCCAACUCUUUACUUUCUGUCACUUGUAAACUGCAUUCACACUUGUCCAGAAUGAAAGGGAUUAUGGGAGUAUAUGCGGUCUGGAUCAUGCAAUAACACGCAUAAGGAAGAUGGGGAGCUAGAAGACUGUUUUGUCUGUUUUGUCUCUCACAGGUUUCUGUAGUAUAAAAACAUUGGUUAUAUUUAACCAACAUUUAAAAAAAAAUUAUAAACAUGCUGGUGUGUUGCAUUUUUUUUUUCUCAGUUUGACCAUUUUUAUUCAGUAUUUUCAUUGGGGGGGGUACAGAAAAAGGAAUAGGGAUGUUUAUCGGGGGAAAAAAUUAUAUACAUAGUGACUUUCUCAUUUGAGGUAUCGUGCAAUAUAUCAACAUCUGUUUCUUACAAAAACAAGCAAUAAGAUACAUUAUUGGACACAUGUUUAUGGCUACUUCUUAGUUAUAUUGGUUUCUGCAACGCAAGAGUGGUCCCAGUCAUUCUUAUCUGAAGUACAGGUAGAACUUAUAUUGUGCCGUCACCACUAGCAUCUAAAUGCAUCACCUGGUGGGUUUGAGUAUUGUGUUGAGUUUGGUGGAGUAUUGAUAUCCUCUUACUCUCAUGUGUUACAUAUUCCGGGUAAAGGUAGUUAUAAGAGCAAGGCAGGGAUGUGGAUAGAGUAUGUGGGAAAGGGUGAAGGGGAACCGGGUAAGAACAGGGUGUAAACCUUGCCGGUAGAAGGACGUAGUAUAGUGCGUGUGGAAGAGCCUGAGUUCGCUGCCACCUUUACGGGUAAGUAAGCAUGUACUCUAUGUGUAACACUCUCUCCGCCUGUCGGGGAGGGGAGUGUGUCUCCGAUACUUCACAGUCUCUUUUUUGUUUUCUUUCUUCCGACACUACUGAAACAUAGAAACAUAGAAUGCUGCCUCUCUUGGAUGUUAGUGUUACAUAUUCAUCUCAUAUUAAUAUAGCUCUCUCUGUGAGUGGGUUUGCCCUGAUACAUGUAUUUGCCAUAGCCGCAUACUCCCAAUUCUUUGAGAUUUGUGAGAUAAGGGCUGUAUAAUCUGGUGGUAGCGUGGAUUUCCAUGCUCGGGCUAUGAGGAGAACUUGCAUUUUUUUAGUAGUGAUUCUGCUGCGAACACCACACUAUAUAUAAAAAAAAAAAUUAAAGGAAUAUCACACACACUAAAAACGUGCAGUUUUAAAUCUUGCAAUCCUUGCACAGUGCUCUAUUGUAAAAUGCACAACCUGGGUACUAGUCCAUUUUAAUGUUUAGGCUAGCAUUGUAAUGUUAGUGUCUGUAGAGAAACCAUUUUAACUGUUGGUAGAUAUUCCAUCGCCUUUACCUUGCCUUGCCUGCCUGUCAGGAGGUCAGUGAAGUCGAUGAAAACUGAUGUUUUGUCUGCACGUCCACAUCCCUCGCGAAGCCUCUCGGGGUGUUUCAUGUUUGUCAUGCUUCUCAUUUCUGUCUUUUCACCAGAUGACAUUUCCCUGAUCACGAGUGAAGAAUCGAAGGGUAGCUCUGUGACUCCUGAAGAAGCAAAGCUGGUAUGCCCUGCAGCCGGGGACAUUUCAAUGAAAGGAUAUGUAGACACGCUAAUGAGUGAUUGCAUGUGUGGGUGGUACUUGGGGAAUUGUUCUUAUCAAUUAUAACAAUGUUAAUUUGAGGUUCUCAAGCUGCAGAGUUCUCACGCUUCCUCUGUGGCAUCAAUGUCUUUUUCCAGGAGAAUGUCUUGUGUUCUCUAUCAGCACUUGACAUCUGGUGUAGAGAGAUAGGAAGCCUGUCUCCGUAGGCUGUCCACAAAGUAUCUCAUUGAUAGAACACAAAAAGUAUAUAGUUAUUUUUAAAAGGGAAAAAUAAGAAAAUAUUGCAUUUUUACCUUAGUUUGUAAAAUCAUAAAUGUUUGUCUGUUUUCUCUUUCCAUUACAUUGUUAUAAUUCUAUUUAGAACUCAUCGUUGUACAGACAUUUAAGGCCACUCUUGUCCUCGCUUAUCCUGAGUACUACGCCACUUCCAGAAUGUUUCACACAUCUGAAGUUAAGCUAAACGACUGGUGAAACUGAAAGGAGGCCAGAUUCUUUAUAAUUUACAAACUGAAAAGGGAAUCACAAAGUAUACCCAAUAAACGCUAUCACGUGUAUAUUUCAUAAUUUCGCUGCAAUCAGUCUAUUAUGCACAUUCUUGCUUUAUCCUGCACAGUUCUACCCGAUCUGAGUCCAUGACUUGUUUGUCUAACAGCUGUUUUUCCCCCAACCCCCAUUUCAGUUCUUGACUCAAGAAGAAAAGAAAACAGAACCUAUAAGCGUAGCAGACGAGGAAGAGGAUGUGGAUGAUUUGGUAAGGGUGCAUUUAGUUAAAUUCUUGUUGCAUUCACAGUCACAAUAGUUUUUUGUUGUUGUUUUUUUUUAACUUUAUUUUUUUUAUUUUAUUUCCUUUUUUACAGUUCGAUAUGAUUUAAUGUCCAACAAAAUAAACAGUUGAUGUGACGACUACGCACUUAUUGGAUAUUCGAUGAAAGAUCGUCAGAAUUGUACUAUACCGGCUAACAGGAUCAGUUGAUCUGCUUGGCACUCAUUAUAUGUGUGUAUACUGUAUCUCCAGUCUCCUUAUAUACUGUAUGUGUAUAUAUACAUACACACACAGUUACUCGUUUGGACAAAGGUGCCGUUGAAUUCAUUUCUACUCCAUGUUGAUUAGCUGCAGCUUUACAGGCUUUACAUUGUUGCUUUCACCAGCUAUUUUUUUAUUAAAUAUAUCCUACUUUUCUCAGGUUUAUAUUUGCAGUUAGGGGAAGGGGUUUCUGAUUCAUGGCAAUUUGUAGAAAAUGUUAGGGAAAAGACAAAGAAAAGGAUAUUGAAGAACUAAAGCCACUCAAUUUUAAGACUUCUUCUAGGAAGCAUUAUUUGCACUAGCAAUGUUUAGAUCUUUAAUGUCAAAUCUGUCCUUGGCAAUGCAAAGCCUUCUGGUCGUCCAGAGAUGUAUCAUAGUCAUAAUCUCCAUUAUCUCUGUCAUUGUUACAUGAGUGAGAAAUAUUGCCCAAAUAUCAUGUCUGAUUAUGUUGACAAGGUGAUGGGGGCCUCUAAAUGGUAACUUCGUAUUCCCCCUGAAUCCUGGAAGACGUAGUCCACAAAAAUCUGGGUGUGGGGAAGGCAACAUUAUCCAUCACUGCUCUAAGGUUAUCUUUUUAAAACUGGUGGAAAUAGUACUUUUUGGAUUCUCUCCAGAACACUAAAUUCUUACAUUUGUUUUGGUUUGGCCCAUUUAAAACACGUCACUUGCAUAUAUAUAUAAUAUAAAAAUAAUACAUAAUUGACAUUCCAGUUGUCCAUCCACAUGAGCAGUCAGGUUGAUUUUUGUAAGUCCUGCACUCAUACUUAAAAGUGGGGAUGAUUUAAUAAGAUUUGAUCAUUUAAGUUUUGUUUACAUGUCAUGUACUUCUAAAAGUUCUAAUACUGCUUGCACAGAUUCAUUCAUUUUAUUAUUCCCAGAAUUGUUUAUAAUUUGAGGAAAUGGCAUACAUGCAAGUUUAUCAGAAUAUUCAUUUCUUUAUCACCCACACAAGUGCCUCUUAAAGAAUCAUGUCCCCUGUAAGUCCCACUAAUGUUAAAAGUUAAUAAAAGUUGUAUUUUUUUUUUGUAUUCUGCUCUGAUUUUGUGUGUUUGUGAUUUGGCCAUUGUGUAUGACUGACUGCACCCGUGGGAUCUUCAGUAGC